AUGGGUGAUGCCGGCUUUUUCAAGUCCUCUGUCUUGGCACAUUUCCUUGCUGCUGAUCAAGACAGCCGUUUCAGCAACAAGGAAAAGAAACUUCUCAAGUCUAUGAGUUUUCCUCCAGAGUUUGAUCAAAAGGUGAACAUGAAAAAGGUCAAACUCGAUGUUAUCAAGCCAUGGAUGACCCAGCGUAUUACCGAGUUACUUGGUGUUGAGGAUGAACUUGUGAUCGAUUUUGCGUUUGGAUUAUUGGAAGAAAAGGAUCCCGAUCCAAAGCUGAUGCAAAUCAACCUCACCGGUUUCUUGGAAAAGAACACGCAGCAAUUUAUUCUGGAAUUGUGGAAGCUCUUACUCAGUGCACAAGAUUCUGUCAGUGGUAUCCCUAAGCAGUUCUUGGAACAAAAGAAACAAGAGAUUCUCAAGAAUCAGCAACAACAAACCGAGUUAAAGGCGCGUCAAGAUGCAGUGAUGGAUGCUAUUCGUCGUCGAAAAGAAGCUGAGAAAGAUGAUUAUCGUGGUGGUGGACGACGAUCAAGAUUUGAUCAGCCACGUCGACGAUCUCCAUCACCUCGCCGAUACCGUUCUCGAUCACGAUCACCUUCACGCAAAUAUCAUCGCAGCGACAGAUACCGUAGCAGCCGUCGUUAUGAUGAUGACAAUGUUGAUGACAGGAGUUCGCGACGACGUCGUAGCCGGAGCCGUGAUCGUAGCCCUCGUCGACAUUAUCGUAAAAGCAGCCAUGAGAGGAGGAGACGUAGUCCCAGUACACCACGAAGACGACAUGAUUCAAUCUCGCCCACAAGACGUAGUCCAUCGCCACCAUCAAGAAGAAGAAAUGCAUCACGUGAAAAAGAAAAUUCGCCUACUCCUCCACAACGCACAUCCAAAUGGGACACUGAUGAACAUGAUGAUCCGCGUAAGAAAACAGCUGAGCUACGAGAACAAGCAUUAGCAUCGCUAAUGAAACGGCGUGAGGCAUCUGAAGGACAAGAAUAG